CCUUGUGAGGCUAAUGUUUCUGGCACUUCACCAAGGAUGUUGGUGUUUCGUUUGUCAGUGAUGAUCAACCUUUUCUUCCAGUUGGCUGCAUCUUUUUGUCCUGAGAAAUGUGACUGCUCUUCAAAAAAUGCAAUUCAUUGCUCUGGUCCCCACAUAAAAGACCUGGAAUCGUUAAAUCUGCCUUGCAACAUGACAACAAUUCGCAUAACGGACGCUAAUGUAACAUACUUGCAGGAUGUUUUUUCUAGGAUGGUGGAACUGCAGCAUCUCAUCUUGUCUUCAAACAACAUCUCUCUGAUUUCACCAACGGCUUUUAAAGGUUUGAGAAGACUAAAAGCCCUCAAGUUGCUAGAUAAUAAGCUGGUCGAACUUCCCCCGGAAGUGUUUGAUGACAUGGUACAACUUCAGCAGCUGAUCAUUGAAAAUAACAGGUUGAAAUCCAUAGAAGAAAAUCUGUUUGACAAACUAGCUAGUUUGGAGGAGCUUUUAUUGAACAAAAACCAACUAACAGCACUUCCUAGUGGCAUGCUGAAGAAACUUGCCAAACUCAAAGUAUUGAACUUGUCGAGAAAUUAUUUGGCAGCACUGCCUAGAAAUAUAUUUAGUGCGUUAACCAGGCUUGAGAAGCUGAUGCUGUAUUUUAACAGGCUGUCUUCAAUAGAGUCUGGUAUGUUUGAUAGCCUGAAGGAGCUGCUGGAACUCUUCCUGCAUUCCAAUAACAUCCAGUCCAUCGCCCCUGAUGCGUUUCAUUGUCUUCAUAAACUGAGAAGCCUAACGCUCUCCAGAAACAAGCUUGAGGUUUUGCCUCCUGGGCUCUUUCUGCACUUGCAUGACCUGUCUAAAUUGACCUUGUACAGGAACCCCCUGAAGACUCUUCCAGAAGUAUUGUUUGGAGAAAUGAAGCAUCUUGGUAGCCUGUGGCUGUAUCACACAAAACUCUCAACAAUACCAGAUUUUGUGUUCAGUAACUUGACAAAUUUAGAGCUUCUUGUGCUGAGUUUUAAUCCAGAGCUUAGUGUUCUUCCUAAGAAUGCAUUCAGUGGUCUGAAUGAACUGCGGGGCCUUUCUCUGCAUACAAAUAAUAUUUCCAGACUGCCAGAGGGCAUCUUCCUGAGCCUUCAGAAACUGCAGAACAUUUCCCUUUUUGAUUCGAGGCUUGAGGCUCUUCCUAGAAACCUCUUUCAUAAUCUCAAGCACCUUCAGAAGGUUUACCUCAAUAGUACUAAGGUGCAGUCUCUUCCUGGAGAUUUCUUUACUGCUUUACCUGAGCUGCAAGAAGUCUUCCUUGUCGACAACCCUUGGAAAUGUGAUUGCCAAAUUCUUGGCUUCCAAGAGUGGCUCCAAAAGAACAUGGAGAUAGUUAAAGAUGUGCCGUCUCUAAUGUGUGACAGCCCGCUGGCACUACAGAAUAUCUCUCUUGUGGCUCUAACAGAUCACCACCUGAAGUGCCUGCCAACCACAGCUGUUACAUACCAGAUGUUCAGCUCAACUUAUCCCCAGGCUUCGACUUACCUUGUGACAGAGCACUUGGUAUCAUCUUGGGAGACUACUGUAACAGUGGCGUCCAGCUUGGGUACCAGCACACCCACAUCAAUUCCUCUUGCAACUCCAGGUUUUACCUACUCAAGUGUUCAAGGUGUUGGACAGCCUGGGUUUCAUUUCUCAGAUGUUCCAACCCAGGCUUCUCCCAGCAUCACAGUAGAAACCAACAGUGUCAGAGGAACAGAUUUAACUACUAUUGCCUGGUGGGAUGAGCUGCCAGCCCACAGGAGUGCUAAACCCUGUUUUAAUACCAGAAUUGCUUACUGUCAGCUAUUACUGUGCCUUCACACUUCGAUUUUAGCACUCCAGAGUGUAACCAUUGUGCUCAGUCUGUAUGUGAUGGGUAUAACCAGGCAGCUCCUGCACUCCAGAAGUACUCCUGCUCAGCCUGUAGUUCUGGUAAAAUUUUUAAGAAGAUCGAGAAUACCAGCCAAAGAGAGAAGCACUGUUUUGGAUGCAUUUUGA